AUCUCCUCUCCACAGGUUGACAAAUGAAAAACAAAUCUCCUCCACUGAGAGCAGACAUGAUCUUUCUUAAUAAUCUCCUCCACUGUAAUGUAAUGACGAAAACGAUAUGUUAGCCUCACUUAGUGUCCUUACCUGCUGCUUCGAGAUCUCUCUCUCUCUAUCUCUGUUUUGUUUCUUCUUCUGUGGAGUGGUCCCCCCAUCUUCUAUGUGCAAAUGCCACUUCAUCUGAAACCUGAUUGCUCCUUCUUCAUCUCUUCCUCCUCCCCGUUGAUUCGCGCAUCAGCGAUGACGUCGACUUCCUUGGGACCUUCGAUGCUUCUCUCGUACGGCUCUUCUUCCCGUGACUUUCAUGAUCUCCGGUUCAGAUUGAUUUCGGGUCCUCGUGUUCGAGUUCCUUCGUUCCGGAGAUUUCGGAUUCACUGCGUGUCCAAGGGAAAGGACGUGACGCCAAUCAUUGAAAGCUCUUCAUCGUCAGGAGGAGAUGCUGCUUUAAGCUAUAGUGAAUGGAAGGCUGUCCCAGAUAUCUGGAGAUCUUCUGCAGAAAAGUAUGGGGAUAAAAUUGCACUUGUAGAUCCUUACCAUGAUCCACCUUUGAAAUUGACAUACAACCAGUUGGAACAAGAGAUUCUGGACUUUGCUGAGGGAUUACGAGCUGUUGGAGUGAAAGCAGAUGAGAAGAUUGCACUUUUUGCUGAUAAUUCCUGUAGAUGGCUUGUCUCAGAUCAAGGUGUAAUGUCCACAGGAGCAGUCAAUGUUGUCAGAGGAUCUAGGUCCUCUGUUGAAGAAUUACUGCAGAUAUACCAACAUUCUGAAAGUGUAGCUCUUGUUGUGGACAAUCCUGAGUUUUUCAACCGCAUCGCUGAUACAUUUACUUCCAAAGUGUCUCUGAGGUUUCUGAUACUUCUCUGGGGUGAGAAGUCAUCAUUGGUUACACAGGGGAUGCAGAUUCCAGUUUACAGCUACACAGACAUUAAAAACCUAGGACAGGAGAAACGUGCAGGAUCUAACGAUACAAGGAAAUCCAUCAAUCCAGAUGACACAGCCGCGAUUAUGUAUACCAGUGGUACCACCGGGAAUCCCAAAGGCGUUAUGCUUACACAUCGGAAUCUCUUACACCAGAUAAAACAUUUAUCUGCAUAUGUACCUGCUGAAGCUGGCGAUAGAUUUCUAAGCAUGUUGCCUUCAUGGCAUGCCUACGAACGUGCUUGCGAAUACUUCAUAUUCACAUGUGGAGUUGAGCAAAUGUAUACGUCUAUAAGAUUCUUAAAGGAUGAUCUAAAGCGGUAUCAACCACACUAUCUUAUAUCCGUUCCUUUGGUAUAUGAGACACUUUACAGUGGUAUUCAAAAGCAGAUUUCCACAAGUUCAGCUGCCCGUAAAUAUCUAGCACUUACACUGAUCAAAAUCAGUCUCGCAUAUAUGGAGAUGAAGCGAAUUUAUGAGGGUAUGUGUCUGACAAAAGAGCAAAAGCCUCCAAUGUAUAUUGUCUCUUUGGUUGAUUGGUUGCGGGCGAGAGUAGUUGCUGCUUUAUUGUGGCCAUUACAUAUGUUGGCCAAAAUACUAAUCUACAAGAAAAUCCAUGCCUCUAUUGGGAUAUCAAAGGCUGGUAUCAGCGGAGGUGGUAGUUUACCCAUUCACAUUGACAAGUUUUUUGAGGCCAUCGGUGUGAUUCUACAAAAUGGUUAUGGUUUGACAGAGACAUCCCCGGUUAUCUGUGCACGGACGCUUAGCUGUAACGUUAUUGGCUCAGCUGGAUAUCCAAUGCAUGGUACAGAGUUCAAAAUUGUAGAUCCUGAGACUAAUACUGUUCUCCCUCCUGGUUCAAAGGGCAUUGUCAAAGUCAGAGGCCCACAGAUUAUGAAAGGUUAUUAUAAGAAUCCAACAACCACAAAGCAAGUUCUAAAUGAAAGUGGAUGGUUCAACACAGGAGAUAUGGGCUGGAUCGCUCCUCAUCACUCAACGGGAAGGAGUCGCCGCUGUGGAGGUCUCAUCGUUCUUGAAGGCCGUACCAAAGACACAAUUGUUCUCUCCACAGGUGAAAACGUGGAACCAUUAGAGAUUGAAGAAGCUGCCAUGAGAAGCAGAUUGAUAGAUCAAAUCGUGGUUAUUGGACAGGAUCAACGACGCCUUGGAGCUAUCAUAAUCCCAAACAAAGAGGAAGCAGAAAAGCUAGAUCCUGAAACACCCCAACUUAGCAACGAAAAAUUAAAGAGCUUUGUUUACCAAGAACUGAGGAAAUGGACAUCAGAAUGCUCGUUCCAAGUCGGACCAGUCUUGAUCGUGGAUGAGCGCUUCACGAUAGACAAUGGCUUAAUGACACCAACGAUGAAGAUUAGAAGGGACAAGGUCGUGGCUAAGUACAAAGACGAGAUUAAUCAACUUUACAAUUAACUACAGUUUGAUUAAUUUUCUCCCUUUGUUGAUGUAAUUAUAACAAUAGAAGCGUACUCUAUUAAGUAUAAGCAAAUAAAUUAACAAUUAAACAAUUAAACAAUUAAACAAUUAAAAGAUGGUAAAUUUUUGUA